CAACCACAAAGGGAGAUAAUUCAAACAUUUGUGGUCAAGAAAUGAUAGCGUCACUUUUAUGGAAAGCAGAUUGAUAACAGUAAAUUCGAUUAAAUAUGCUUUCUUAUUGACCAGCUAAUAAUAUACUACCUUAUAAUUUGGAAAUAUUGGAUAAUAAAAUGGAUAAGCAGUAUUCUGUCCAGUUUUUUACCAAGUUUGUGGAAGCGAUGCAGAAAUUCUGCCGAGACUAUAUUGAAUUUGAACAGGCAGUGGAGCUGAGUGGCUACCUUUCUCUGGAGAUAGACAAUUACAAGAAGGAGAGAUAUGUUCUCAGUGAGAUGGUUCACAGUACUGGUGAUGUGAUCAGUGAGAGUUACUGUGUGAAAGCCUUCAAGACUAUGAAACGUCUGCCGUCAAGGAGUUCUGAAGCAGAUCUUGUACUCAGGGACAACACAAACAUGCGCCGAUCAGGUGGAUAUACAGAUUCUCAGUCUUUACAUCAAAACAUUCCUUCUUCAGGACAUUCAUACCGAUCUCGCAUUCAUCCUGCAGGGACAAGUCAUUCUAGUCAUCUUUCCAGUUUCUCUGAACAGUCAUCCCAAAGAUAUGUACAGUCACAGUCUCCAAUGAGACAAACCCAGCCUCCGUCUUUUACACAGGGUAGUUCUGGACAUGGUAGAGAGCCACAAGAUUCGCUAUCAUCGAGAGGGCGACCCAUGCAGAUUCAACCUCGACAUUCCAUCCAGGUUCCUGAGGGCCGAGGACAGAAACGAUCCAGCACUGAUGGGACUGGGGAUGGUUCAAGUAAAAAAGAAAAAACAGACAGUGAUCUGGAGUCUUUAUAUAAUGCAGCAACAAAUAUUGCAUCUUCAUCAGAAACUACAGCAGCAACUAUAGGCGACAUUGCAUCGACCACAGCAUCUGAACCUGUGUCCACAAGUAAUGAAAGCAUUCGUCUGCCAUUAACAGACAUGGUGACAAUCAAAGAAGAGAAUGAUGUCAUUUUAUUAGAUGAUGAAGGUGGUGGUCCAAGUCAGUUAGAUGUUGGUUCAUUUGCAAACGACAGUAACUCAAGUUCAAAUUUAGUAGACAAUUCAUCGCUUGGUGCAGGUGACAUGUUUGGUUCUUCAGUGGCUGGCACAGGUGAAGGAAAUCCAUCAGGAUCUUCCAUGUCAAAUGAGGCAAUGGAAGAGACCACCAUAUCUGAUCAAUAUUCACAGUCGUCGGAAGCAACAACAACCCAGAACAUCGAUCCAGCAGUACCUGGUUCAGAUACCAACAAAAUGACGACACUUCCAGCAACUGUGUCCGAGUCAUUGAGCACCUUAUUUAACAUGGUACGGAGAGCAAAGCCGUGUAAAGUACUGUCGUGCACACAGUGCGACUACCAAACCGACCACAUCCACAACCUGAAACGUCACCAGCGGCGCCACACCGGAGACUACUUCUGGUGCCAUCUCUGUACACGUCGGUUCUGUGACCGCUACGAUUUGUCCCGCCAUCUCAAAGAUCACACAGGUCAACACAAGUGCAAGUAUUGCCGCAAAAACUUCAAGUCACAGCUAGAGCUAAGAGUACAUGUGUCAACCUCUCAUUCAAUCUACCAACAGUCUUAAUUCACAGACAUUAUAAUAAUUAAAGUCACAGAAAUAAUCUGAAAUUUACUGAUUUGAAACCCCCUCCUUUUCUCCCCGUACCAGUAUUGCGUUGAAUUAAUGACACAAAAAUAAUAGAAAAAUUAAAUUUUACAGCUUCCAACCUCCUAUUAAGCAUAAUAAUGAAGAUUAACAAGACUGAAUUCAGUAUACAGCAAAAUAAACACACACCCUGUAAAAAUUAUUUCACUCAGGACAUUAAUUUGAUAACAACUGGUAACUUGUAUAUAUGGAUAUAUAUAUUUUGAAUGACUUUUAUAAUUUUGUUUGGCCAUUUUAAAAACAUAAUAAAUUUGUACAUACAAAAUGAUUUUAGACAAAAAUUGAUAUUGAGAUACUGGUACUACAAAACAUUAAAUAUAUGAUAGCCAAAAAUGCAUUGGUUAUAGAGAUAUUCAUAUUCUAAGCAUUCUAAGCAAGAAAACUGUAAUUUUAAUGAUGAAAAAAAUUAAUACAUAUUUGCCGACGUUUUAAAAUGGCUACAAACUUGGGAUAGAUCCUUUAAUUGUUCCUCUAUUUUAAAUGAUGGAAUUGAUAUGUAAGUAUGUUAGGAUUGGUGUUUGUUUUCACGUGUACAUAAAGAAAACAAGUAUUAAUAAAUAUCUUUGACAGUGAAAUGAUAAAUAGGUGCAUGGUCCUUAGAAUUAAAAUCCUUCUUAUAUUUAUAUAAUUUUAAGUAAUUGUGUAAUUGAAAGUUGAUCGGUUGGUGUCAAUGAUCAAUGAUGAAACCAAUCAAUUACCAACACUAGUACUCGGGUUGAGUUGCAAGCAAUUACUAAUAAUGUGACAGAUCCCAGCUCUUGGAUGUCAAACAUAUGGUCAUUUCGACACAGUCAUAGAGAUGAAACCCGCUACAUAUUUCCAUUAGUAGCAAGGGAUCUUUUCUAUGCACCAUCCCACAGACAUGAUAGCACAUACCAUGGCCUUUGAUAUACCAGUCUGUUUUCUUUGUUCAUUAGUCCCAACAGUUUUCCAGUUAACAGUAGUGGGGGGGGGGGGGGGGGGGAGAGAAAGCACCCCCCCUCCUAAAAAAGUUUAUAAAAACACCACCAUUUAGCUGCCUAUAACUUGCAAUACUUUUAGGGGAUGUUAUUUUGGCAUCACUUACCAUCUGGUAUGGCAAAUAAUUAUAUUUAGGAUACAAUUUGUAAAAAAAUAAACAACAAAAUCAUUUGUUUUCUUAAUAAAACUAUAUUCAUCCAUUUAUUUGUCACAUACAUUUAUCCUUACAUACUACAACAAAACAUAAACUGAACCUAAAGACAGAGAUCGUUCAGCAACAUAUAUCCAGUCAACAAAAUGAGCCAAGUUGCACCAUGUUCUAAACACAUGUACUUACUCAAUGCUACAAAAGAAUGGAAAAAUAUCUUUCAUUCGACAUCCCAGCACACUUUUAAGUAUGGCUUUUAGGUGUCUAACAUAUGGUCACUGUAUCUGAUGUUUUGCUCAGCUGAUAGCUCUGGCAUAUAAUUGAUUUUGUAAGACUUUUUUUCACCUUAUGUGAAACACAUAUCUGUUUGAGAUUUUUGGCCACAUGUGUCAAAACCUUGUCAUGUGCUGGCAACAUGAGCUGUCAGCCAAGUUCAGUUCACUAAUUGAAUGAACAAUGAAAACAAAAUUUACAUCAGUGACCUAACUCUUUGUGUGUGGUAAAAUUGCUAUAAGCUAACAGUAACAGCUGAGCAAACAGUGUAAGUAAUGUUUGUUUUUUCAACUAGUUCAUGUUUUGUGAGCGACAUUGGUAUGACUGCCUAAAACCUCCCUAAUUAGCUACCUGUAAUUCUGAAUGGGAGCUAGAAGUGGGAUAUGAACUACGUGUAAUUCUGAAUGGGAGCUAGAAGUGGGAUAUGAACUACGUGUAAUUCUGAAUGGGAGCUAGAAGUGGGAUAUGAACUACGUGUAAUUCUGAAUGGGAGCUAGAAGUGGGAUAUGAACUACCUGUAAUUCUGAAUGGGAGCUAGAAGUGGGAUAUGAACUACCUGUAAUUCUGAAUGGGAGCUAGAAGUGUGAUAUGAACUACGUGUAAUUCUGAAUGGGACCUAGAAGUGGGAUAUGAACUACCUGUAACUCUGAAUGGGACCUAGAAGUGGGAUAUGAACUACCUGUAAUUCUGAAUGGGAGCUAGAAGUGGGAUAUGAACCUAAUAACAACCAUCAAGCCUACAGAUUACCAAGGCUAUCUUAGAGCUACGAUACUAUAAAACCAUCUUAGACACUCGCCAUAGUCUACAAUAGUUUUACAAUAUCGGAGCGCUAAGAUAGCUUCGAAAAUAUGGGUUCAGGUCGAUUGAUAAUUGUCAUGUACCUAAAAGCUAUCAAUAAAACAAUGUGCUGUGGCAUCAUUAAACAGACAUUCUGAAGACCAAGGACUAAAAAACUUAGUUACUUUAGGUCAUGCUGUUUGUCCCUGUUCCUUCACUGAAGUAGAUUGUUUUGGUGGGUUUAUAGUAGUCUGACCCUAAAGUGGCUAGGCCACUGCUACAACCUUAUUUCUAGUGUACAACACUUCCCAGACUGCUAAAUCAUUGGAAGUGGAAUUUAAACAGAUUUAGCUAGAUUAUUUCAAGUACAAGUCCAAGUGAUGAACAGUUUACUAAUGGUAUCCAGGAAUUGAAUUUGGGGAUUGUUUUUUUUAAAGAUUCCACCAGAAUCAUAAACAUGAUUUAAUAUAAAUAUUUUGGAAUUCUGUCUCAAAAUCUUAUGCCUCUGAACCAAAUUCUGUAAUUCAUGGAAGCAUGGGAACUGUGCUAAAUUCGCAGCCUGGUAUAAACCGAAUGAAUUUCCAUGGACGUGUUAUGCAUAAUGGUAAAAAAGCUCCAACAAUUGUCACUGUACAUAAAAACUUUAUGCUUAGACUAAGUUCAGUCUGAUGUCAACCUACUAUCUUAGUACUGUUUACCUAUCAUCAAAUAAAAAAUAAAUCCAGACUUAAUAUUUAGGACAUGAAAGCCAUGUCUCCUAUAGCACUUGGUAGCUAUAGGACACAUAAGUGGACUUGUGGUUUGAUGAUAAACAUGGCACAGUUAUCUACCUAGAGAACAGAACUGGGUUCUCGAGCCUCCAUAGCACUGUGAACUUUUCUUUCAAAACAUAUCAUCAUUGUUUACAUUAAUACUAUGUAAUAAAACCUACACAUGCAGUUGAUGCAUAGAAAUAAAACAAUAAAGGUAAGUAACAAGUUUAAAAAAUACUCAUCCCAAAUGAAUGUUAGGAUCAGACUUUCUCUAAUGACACACAAAUGAAAUGGCACAUUUAUAACAAGCAAGUGAACAUAUUAAAAUACUGACUAAAAUAUUUAAAAACAUCUCUAAUAUUUAUAUAUCAAAAACAUAAAUAUCAAGUAGUACAAUGAAGGAAUGAAUAUAUUUACAUUCACAAAACUGCAAUAUUACUUUGGAUACGAAAUUUAUUCUGUAAAAAACAGCUCUGUGAUAUAAAAUGUUAAAAUGUAUUCUUCAAUCUAAAGUUUUAUAAGCCUGGGACAUAACUAAUUUCUCAACCAGGAUGAAACUGUUUUGUUUUUCUACAUGAUAACCCAGUUUGAUUGUUCAAUGGAUAAACCUGAACAUACAUAGAACAAUUAAAAUAUGCAUUUAUCGUUAUGCUCAUUUUCUUUUGAUGUGAUAACAUUUGCUAAAAUAUCUCUCCUUUAAGAGAUUAUUUACAGAAUGCAUAUAGAAUUUCGAAGGCAAAAUUCAAGCAUCUCUCAUUGCAAAAUUGCAGUUUCUCAAGGGCCUUUGUAUCCACUUAUUACAUUUAAUCUAACAAACAUAAAAUAAAUAAUAUAUAACUUAUAAGUAUGCAAGUACUACUACUGUACUACUGGUCUUAACUUCCAUUCUGUCGGUGGGCCCAUUGGGUUAUUACUCGUUUCAGCCAGCGCACCAUCACUAGUAUAUCAAAGGCUGUGGUAUGUGCUAUCUGGUCUGUGGGAUGGUGCAUAUAAAAGAUCCUCUGUUACUAAUGGAAAAAUGUUGCAGGUUUCCUGUCUAUGACUAUGUCAAAAUAUAAAAUGUUUGAUUUAUGCUGAUUAAUAAAUAAAUGUACUCUGACAAUAUCCAAUUUUGUGGUUAAUAGCAGCACCUAGUAGAAACAGUUAACAAUACUAAAUUUAUUAAGCAAUAUAUUUAAGAUAAUAACAUUUUAAUUACAACCGAGGGAAAAAAAGAAAAGAAAUGUAACUUGCAUGAGUCAUGUGCAUCCCUCAGUAUUUUAAAAGGUUGUUCUUAAAAGAUUUCACAGAAAGAAAAAAAAAUCCUCUUGAAGACAAGAAAAAUUAAUGUUGCGAUCACAAAGCAUACAUGUAGGUACCUGGUACUCUAAAGUUUAUACAUGCAGACAAUAACAAGACAAUGCGACAGAUGGAUUGUUCCACCUUAACAAAUUUUUCCUUUUCAUUCAGUUUACAUAAACAUGUCAAUAAAUGACAAUUCAAAAGAUUAUAUGCUUUUGUGCUGUAAAAAUCCACGAUAAAUGCCCUGUACAUUUACUGGAAAAAUUAAUCUAGUAAAAUGGAUAUCAGCAACCUACUUCAAUUGCCAAAUUUAAAAUACCAUAAAAUAGGUACAUUUUAUACUACAAAUCGUCUGAACAUAAAUUAUAACAAUGUAGUAUAUAUUCUCAGACAGGUAACUGAUACGCCAUUACAAAUCAAAACUUUGAAAGACAGGAAACAUAGCCACACUAUGUGACAAGCAUAACAGUCUAAGACAACAUGUUUAAUAAAACACAUACACAGACAGAAAUGUAUUUGAUACAUAAACAAAAAACAUCUAACAAGCAUUCAAUAGAAGUAAAAACACAUAACUAUUGUAUAAUUGAACAUUAUAAAUUAUAUAAAUCAUAAAUAUGAUGUACCCUGUACAUGGAUGUUCAAUUCAAGAGCUGAAUUUAUGGAAGUCACAGGAUUUCAAAUUUUAUGGGAACACUUUUCGGCUCUGUGUCCUGUAAUCAUCAGCAAACAUGGCAAACUGUAGGGGCCUUUCAGCAAUUAUGUAAUGCAAAAUCUGCCCUUUUUUAAUACCCCUUCCUCACUGCAAUUUUAAGGGCACUCUCCUCUCUAAAAUUAUGUAACUCAUCAAAAGCACCCCUCCCAAUUUGCCUGCAUAAUGAUAUAAUAAUUUACAAAUAUUAUUGUAUACUGUUUGUAUAUACUGAUAUGUGUUUCAUUUGGUAAUAAAUCUAGAUAGAAAAUGAUCUGUUAUAGAACAAAAUAGCAAUAUCUGGUUGCAUUUCACUUUAUAAAUACAAAAUGAGACAAUUUUUCCCAAAAUGUUAUGUAACUCUUGACAAACAACCCCUCUUCCUUGCAUGGUAUCCUCUCCCCUCAGAGUAUUACAUAGUUGUUGAAUGGCCCCAAACCCUACUGAAACACUAGUGUGGAAUCCGGUGACUUGUGAAAUGUGAUCAUCACCAAGUUAUAUUAACUGUACGUAAGUUUUAAAUAUGGGCAAAAUAAGACAUGUAUUGUAAGUUACUAAAUACACACAUCUCUUUAGUAGUGCUACACCGGAUUAUGGGAUUGUUAUAAAUUCAGCAUCUAAUGUUAUAAAUUUAGCAUCUAAUGUUUAAGCUAUGAACAAUUUAACGAUGAAUUAAAGCAUGUAUUUUUAACAAGUUCUACAUUUCUGAUGUGUACAACAUAUUACAUUAGAAACCAAACAGCACUGUUAUUGCUGACUGUGCAUCUGAACACUAUAAAGCAUAAUAGUCAUGAAUUACAACCAUUCAUAUAUAUAUAUAUAUUAGGAAAAACCUUGAUAACUGCAUUAUUAUUUAGUUCUUCUUUGUCAUAAUGAUAACUUGACAUACAGCAAUUUAUUACACAAGUGGUCACUUGUAAUAGGUAAAAUAUGCUGCUGGAAAGAAAUAAGUGAACAUAUAAAUAACAACAGCAAAAAGUGUCAGCCACAGAAUCAGGAACUUACCCAUGAUACUGGCCUUCAAUCAGACAGCAAUGACAUUCAAUCCCACAUUUUACAUCUCUCUAGUUUAUACACAUCCCUACUCUAUUAUUGAAUUUGGUCUCAAAUACCAUGUGUUUCUUUGUUUCUUUCAUAGUUUCUGCAUUAGUGUAACAUACAAUACUACUGGAUGAUUUGAUGAUUACAAACAAAGGACCUUGUUGCUACAGGGCUUCUAGAAUAUUUAUAAAAUCCACUAGCCAUGGGAUCAGUGAUUUAAAACAUUUACUAACCUCAAUUAAAAAUUCACUAGCCCUACUUUACUUUAACUUAAGUUAAUACAA